AACAACCCACUGCCUUCUCAUCUUAAACCAGAAAAGAGACUGAGAAGCUUUUUCAAAGAGGGCAGAGCGGUGAGAUGGCUUUAUUCAUCCUCCUCGCCCUGACGUCCCUGUGUAUUGCGGGCCGAGAGGCCCUCAACGUGACAGACUGCGGAGCUCACGCCAGACGACCAGAGUACACUGACAUUUCAGUGGUGUGUGGCACAUCUGCCAUCGAACUGAUUAUUCAGAUCUGCCCGGUUAUCUACACCGGAUACAACGAGAGUUUACUGAUUCUCAACCACAUUAUGGACAUUGCGAACUGCCAGGGGACGCUGGACACGUCCGUGGCUCCUCCUGUAGUGAGGUUCAGCUUCCCCAUCAGAGAAGGAAACGCCUGCGGCAGUAACUUCUUGACCACGAGCGCACCAGGGACGGGAAUAUUCUCAGAUUUCUCCAACAUCCAGACAGUGAACGUCAGCGGGGUGGUCCGAUCCUUCGACCCCACCAUCGGGACCAUCACCUACAAUGCAGAGCUCAAGUAUUACUACUCAUGCGCCUAUCCGCUGGAGUAUCUGGUCAACAACACCCAGGUGGACGUGUCGUCCUCCUCCAUCGCUUUGAUGGACAACAAUGGGAGCUUCAUCAGCACCCUCAGCAUGGCCUUGUAUCAGGAUAUAAAUUACACCAAGCCUCUUGUGAUGCCACCUCUGGGCGUAGAGCUGAGGACAAACAUCUACGUGCAGGUGGUGGCGUCCAACCUGACAUCCCAGUACUUUGUUCUUCUGGACCGGUGUUACGCCUCGGUGUCUCCGGUGCCCUCCAACUCCACCUCCUUUAAUCUGUUUGUCUCGUGCUCCAUAGAUCCGAUGACCACCAUGCUGGAGAACGGAGACAGCCAGCAGGCUCGCUUCUACUUCCCAGCUUUCCGCUUCGUCGAGCAGCAGAAUGAGACCGUCUCCACCUACUAUCUGCACUGCAUCACCCGACUGUGCGAGCGCAGCACCUGCAGCACAUUCAAGCAAUGCAACAGGAGGAGGAGGAGGAGGAGCGCGGAGACCACUGUCAUCCAGGAGAGCAUCACUGAGCCGUCUGUGCUCACAGUCGGCAUAAAGGCCAAGACGGAGAACUCCGCUCUCUCCGACGAAGAGGCGGUGUCCGCCGGCGAGUCAGACGGCGACGGGGCGUCCGUCGGCCUGGAGAUCGCCGUGGCCGUCCUCGCCGUGGUGGUGGUGGUGGCCGCUCUGAUGGCGGCGGCGUUUUAUCGGAAACUGAAGCGGCUAAGCUAGCAGCGGCCCAUAAUGUUGAUGAACGGAGGUCAGCUCGAGCUAAAUGACAUCUUGAGUUUGACAGGGUGACAUUCACAUACGGGUGGAGGUGCAUAAUGUAUGUAUGUAGGACUCGGCUGUACUGAAGGAAACUAUUGAUUGGAGCACUUAAUGCAUUUUUCCAAUCCUUCACAGACCAUUACAAGUUAUGGAAGGGGAAGUCUGAAUAACUCAGCUAUCAGGGCGCACUGCAUGAUGAAGAAAGAAAGAACGAAAGAAAGAAAGAAAGAAAGAAAGAAAGAAAGAAAGAAAGAAAGAAAGAAAGAAAGAAAGAAAGAGUUCAACAUUUUAGAAAACAUACUAUUUCUUUUCCACUCAAGAAAGUCUGCUGUGUCCGCCUUCUUCCCAGUGUUUACUUCAAGCUAAGCUGACCAGCCGCUGUAGUUACAUAUUUAGCAUACAGACAAGAGAUUAAUAGUAAACUCUGUGCAAAGAACAUUCUCCACAAUGUCCAACUGCUCCUUUAAGUUACAGCUGCACAGAAAAUACACAAACACUGCAAAAACAGCAUCAUUAGAAAGAGGCAAAAUAUUCUGAUAUUCAAUGAAAUCAUCUUGUACAAAUGGGUUAAGCUUUUUUUUUUUUGCUUGACAAAAAUUCUUAAAAUGAGCACAAGGUUCUUGUCUCAGAACGAAAUAUCAGAUGUAUUUCUUUCAUGCAAGGUUUUUUUUUUUGCUUUUUUGAAAAUCCCUUUUUGCAGUGUAGCAAUAAAAUGUAAUUUUUUACAUAUUUCAGCGUCUAAGUAUCCUCUGAUUCAAGCGAUAUAAACCAUUCGGGUCAUAAAUAAAAAUCUACAUCUGUGUAUGAGUCAUGACUGACACAGACCGUGGGCAGCGCGCCUUGUAACACUUCCUCAUUUACCUGUUCCGCACAAGCAGCAAAUGUUGUUUUGUGUGAGCCAGAUCUGACAUGUUGCAUGUUUUCUGUAGAAACGCAUGUUUGAUUAAUUAAAUUCUAGAUGAAAAAAAUAAUAAUAAUAAGUGUGCCAUUACCCUGCACCCUGUUGGCCAUGCAGACUACGUGGGUGUAUUUCAAAAUACUCCAAAGGUUUCGUGAAACAAUACCAAGAGGAUGAAGUGGGUAAUACUAGUUAUUUAUUUGCAGAGUUUGCUUGUUUGAAUGAUGUAUUCAAGCUGGCAAAAUAUCAGGAGGAUUAGUCUAGAACAGUACCGUAAUAUUGACUGUGGCAACUGUUCUGAGGAAAUUUGUGCAUUACCACAAAGUGACUGUGUAUAUUUUCAUGCCACUUAUGUAUUAAAAGCCCAUUGAUAUGAAACAA